UUGGUUUACGGCGCACGUCUUUUAAGUCGGGGCCAUCUGGUUUUGUCGGAAAGGGCCUCUUCUCGAGAGCCUCCGGGCACAUCAACAAACAUCCAAAUAUUGAAAUAAAUGCACAAAAGCCUUGGAAGUUGCUACGCAGGCCUCAGACUUGUGUCUACAAGUGAAGUACUUCUGUUUUCAGGCACGUUGUUGUGCAUUUUCUGUGACGCUUGACGGUCACGUGUUAGCCUGUUGUCAGGUGGCGUCGGCUUAGGCGGCCGCGCGGUCUGUCGUGCCCGCUUUAUUCGCGGACGAGAGAGGUCACCGCCAUGAGCUUCGGCACCGAGGAGCGCGGCCCGCCAAACACGCAGGACUACAGGAUCUUCUUCAAGGACGCGGCGGGCCGAUAUAUUUCCCCCUUCCACGAUAUACCCAUCUUUGCAGAUGAAGCCCAGAACAUUUUUCAUGCCGUUGUGGAGGUUCCAAGGUGGACCAACGCAAAGAUGGAGAUUGCCACCAAAGAUGCUCUCAAUCCUCUGAAACAGGACGUGAAGAACGGGAAGCUUCGCUACGUGGCAAACGUGUUCCCGCACAAAGGUUACAUCUGGAACUACGGCGCCAUCCCGCAGACAUGGGAGGACCCUCACCACCGAGACGCCGACACGGGUCGCUGCGGGGACGACGACCCCAUCGACGUAUGCGACAUCGGCGACAAGGUGUGCACCCCGGGGGAAGUGAUCCGAGUGAAAGUCCUCGGCACGCUGGCGCUCAUCGACGAGGGCGAAACCGACUGGAAGGUCAUCGCGAUCAACGCGGACGACCCCGAGGCCGGCCGCUUCGACGGUAGGCGCGACCGUCGGAUGAGCGCCGGGCGCCGAACCGCUACGUUUGUCCGUUCCGCUCUCCCCGCAGACCUAGACGACGUCAGGCGACUCAAGCCCGGCUACCUGGAGGCCACGUUCGAUUGGUUCAAGCGAUACAAAGUCCCCGACGGGAAGGCGGAAAACCAGUUUGCGUUCGACGGACAGUUCAGGGACAAGGACUUUGCCUUGGAGACGGUGAAAAGUACGCACCAGUUCUGGAAAGCGCUCAUCUCUCGGGAGACCGCCGCUGGCGAGUUGAGCUGCAUGAACACAAGCGUCUCCGAGAGUCGAUUUUGUUGCUCUGCCGAAGAUGCCGCCGCCGUGGUCGAGUCGGCUUGUGCUUUUGGAGCUGCAGAGCCCAUCCCCACUUCUGUUGACAAAUGGUUCUACUAUGAUAAGUAAGGACACUUUGGAAGGGAAAUCAGUGACUUCCUGUCAACACUUUCAUGCUUUUCGUCACCACAAUAAAAUGACAUUAAACCACA